CCUGAAAAAAGAAAAAAAAAAAAAACUGAGUGAAAUUUUAUAGCUAAAGACUGGACACUGUAUCAGUCCGGACUUGGUUUCCCUACCUCACUCUGUUCAUCAAUGGCAACCCGCAUCCUCAAGAACCUCAAAUUCACCACCACCACCGCCACUUCUCCUCCAUUCACCACCGCACUCCGCUCCAAAACCACCUCGUCCCAAUAUGUCUCCUCCAGGGCCAGAGACCCCACCUUUGAAAAACACAUGACCCACUACAAAAACCUCCUCAAAGUCAUCUCCAUCCAAGACCUAAUCCUCUCAAACAACAAAAACCCACCUUCCAUCUCCCUCGAUUUCCUCACCCGCCUCUCCCAAACCCUCCACCUCAACCGCGGCGCCGCCGCCUUCCUCCACAAGUAUCCCCACAUCUUCCACGUCUUCUACGACCCAUCGGAAGCCAAACCCUACUGCAGGUUAACCGAAACCGCCCUCGAAAUCGCCCGGCUCGAGUCGGCCACCAUUGCUGCCUCCGAACCGGUCACAAUUGACCGGCUGGUCCGGCUCCUGUCCAUGACCGUGUCAAAAUCGCUGCCGCUACGGGCGAUUUUCAAGGUGUGGAGGGAGGUGGGGCUGCCUGACGACUUCGAGGACUCGGUAAUAUCGAAGAACCCUGAUUUAUUUGAGUUAUUAGAUGCCCAUGAGCCUAAUACUCACAUACUGAAGCUGAGAGAUAAUGUUAAUAGGGAUGCAUUUUCGGCCGCGGUUGAAAAUUGGAGGGUUAUAGAGUGUUGUAGAGAGGAUGAUGGGGUUGAUAGAACUGAAAUUAGGUUUAGUUUUAAGCACGGGUAUCCACCGGGAAUGAGGCUAAGUAAGAAUUUUAGGGCUAAAGUGAAGGAAUGGCAGAGGUUGCCAUACGUUGGGCCGUACGAGGAGAUGGGAGAGAAGAAGAGGUCUAAGAGAGGUAUGAUGGAAAUGGAGAAACGGGCGGUUGGGAUCGUUCACGAAUUCUUGAGUUUGACAGUUGAGAAGACGGUGGAGGUGGAGAAGAUUAGCCAUUUUAGGAAGUGCUUUGGGAUUGAUUUGAAUAUAAGGGAUUUGUUCUUGGAUCACCCUGGGAUGUUUUACUUGUCAACCAAGGGGAAGAGGCAUACUGUGUUUCUGAGAGAAGCUUACGAGAGGGGGUGCUUGAUUGAGCCGAAUCCUGUGUACAAUGUGAGGAGAAAGCUUCUGAAUCUAGUUCUAAUGGGGCGUCGGGGGUUUAUCAGUGGUGAUUCGAAGUUGAGGGAUGGAGGUAGAAGUCAGGUGGAAGGAUGGAAAAAGGAGGAAAAUGAUUGAAGUAAAAUGUAUUUCUAUAUAGAAGAAUGCUUACUCAUUUAGGGAUGAAGUUCCUCAAUAGAGGCCAUCAUCUAACUUCAUGGAGAUCUUGGACAGCAAAAUCAAUGGAAAAAAAAAAAAUGGGGUGUUGGCAGGAGAAAGAAUGUAUGUGUAUUAUGUCUACUUGGUUUGUGGUGGCGCAUUUGGCUGUUGAGACUGAUGUCAUAUUGUCUACUCCACAAAGAGGAAACCCCAAAGGGAGAUGAAUAAAUUGGUUGAACAAUGGGACCCUUUGGGUUUUUUUUUGUAGUUUUCAUUGAGUGACCCAGGCAUUUGAAUACCAGUGACAUGGCUUUAGUCUGUCCCUCCCAGGUUGGUGUUUCGUUGUAUGUUGAUCCAACUCUACUGCCACCCUGCCGAAACUGCUCCCUACGUGCCCACUGAGUUCUCAUUGAAUAGGUGCUUGUUUUUUAUGAAGAGUUACAUUCGCUCAGCGUAGUUAUGGGCAGGCAGCAAAGAGAUAAGCAGACACCUUACUGUGAAGCUUUGUUGCUCUCAGGUGAAUCCUAUAUCAUCCUCGAGGUGGAAACUUCAGCAAAGAAAUCGUCUAUGUUACAUGUCACUUGUUGCUUGGCAAUCUAUGCUGAAGCGUACCACAAAUCUAACCAGAAUUAAGAAAUGGGCUACCUUUUCUUGAUCACUUUACGUAGUCUUCUUUAACAUUCAGAUCAUCUGCUCGGAAGAUGCUGAAUGCAUUAGGUGUUUGUCAUUUCAACUUGUUGGCCUAUUUGUGUGUACUUGUCAAGUGGUGGUUGCAAAGCAUUAAGUUCAAUGCUUGAUAUUCUCGUCGUUGUCGCAACAUAUUGGUUUCAUUUUCGUAGCUCCUGUAUGAGAGAAGGUGUGAUGGUAAUGUUUUACUUGACACAGGAGGUCACCCCUUUUGUGGAUAUUUAUGCCAUUUGGGGCAACGAUUGUUUGCUGCCUUUUUUAUGUGGUUGUAAACUCCCCGGUGCUUCUUAUUUGCUGGCAAUGCCGGUUACAUCAAAUUUAACCUCGUACAUUUGUUCAA